AUGGCGACGUUAGAGCGCCAAUUUGCGAAAUUGGAGCUUCUCAAGGAGGAGAUUGUGCCGCAUUUGGAAGAUUAUCAGACUCUGAAACAGUCGGGCGAAGAGAUUACGCUGAGUUCAAACGAUGAGCUUUUGCUAACGUUCAGCAAACUGGGCAACCUGUUCAAAUAUUUGGAGCUGUUACUGGUUGAGAACGCAGAAUCGCCGAACUUCCCAGCAGAAACUGCACGGUUCCGCAAAGAGCUGAGUAACUACAAUCGCCAGCUGGACCAGAUACAGAUGGAUAUCCCCAAGGACCUGAAUCUGGAAAUAGACACAUCGAAAUUAGACGAAGCCGAGGCACGCCCUCGUCCGAGAGUGAAGAAGACCAAGUCUGUGAGAUUCAAGAAGAACCUGAUUGACCCGUCUGAGGCACAAAAGAGAAGAAAUUCGAGCUCCGCCGGAGUGUACAAAGAUGAACCAAACAAACAAAACUUGUUCGAGACUACAGGGUCGUACUCAGAUACACAGGAACCUAUCCAGGACCCACUUGGGAUGUCGAAUCGCCAGAUAUUCAUCGAGAAUCAGCAGGAGCUGCUGAACCAAGACGAGAUUGUCAACUCGCUGUCGCAGUCGGUGAACAGACAGCACGAGAUGUCGCUCGCUAUCGGGGACGAAGUGGACGACCACAUGGUGUUGCUGGAUGACCUCGAAACAGGCAUAUCGCGAGCAAAUGCCAAGCUGAUACGCGGACAGUCGAACAUUGCCAGGUUCACGCGGCAGCUGAAAGAGCACGGGGACUGGUUCACGAUCUUUGUUCUUGUGGUCAUCAUGCUGAUCUUAUUAGUUAUCCUCAAAUGA